CUGUCAGAAAGUCUGUCUCAACGUCGUGAUUUGUUUUGAGAAAAGUAAUUUGAUAAAUAAUAUUGCUAAAAAUUCAAUUAAUAUUUACAAAACGAUAGCUUGCUUUUCGAUUGUAAUAACCCAGACCAAGGAAGCAAGUAGCAUGCAAAUUACAUCGCUUUUAGUUUGAACCAAUAACUGUUUUGUGCUGUCAAUCAUGAGUAGUGACGAUCUUUCAAAAAAUGUUUUGUGUCGACUGUGUCUUUCGGAUAGUAGCGUUUCAUAUCCUAUUUUUGCUGAAGGUUCAAAUCUAGCUGACAAAAUUUUGGAAUGUACUUCUAUUAAGGUCGAACCAGUCGAAGGAGUACCAUCUAACAUAUGUGAAAUAUGCAAAUCAAAGCUAGUUAUCUGCUCCCAGUUUGUGAAACAGUGCCAUGAUAUUGAUUUACAAAUUCGUGAAAAAUAUGAAAGCUUCUUCAAAAUACAUCAUGAUAAUCUAGAAGCGACAUGUGAUGAGAUCGAAAUUAUCGACUGUGUCCCAGGCCAAGACGAAACGCUAACUGAUAUUGAAUUGACAGAGUGCCUAGCCAAUAAAUCACUUGAAGAGUUCGAAAUCAUUGACUGUAUUCCAUAUCAAGAGGAAGUUUCAAUUGGUAUUGAACAGGUUGGUGAUAUAGAUUCUACUAGCGAAGUGGUUUAUUUGGAAGUUAUUCAUCAGCCUAAUGAUGAUUCGAUACUCAUUUUAAAAAAUCCCGAAGAAAUUGAACCUAUAGAUUCUGGAAGGCAGAUUAGGAAAACAGAUCCAUGCAGUAGUAAUACACAACUAACUGAUAAACAAGAGAUAAAAAAUACGCAAAUUCCAGAAAACUCAACAAAAGAAACUUCAGAACCCGUAGUGCAAAAGGAGCAUAUAACACAAAAUGUACACAAAAGCAUAGAAGCUUCAAGCGAUAAGAGCAAGAAAAGCUCAAUUACCGGCAGUAGUGAUGGUAUUAAGAAAUAUAAAAAGCCAUGCCCAAUUUGUGGAGUUCUUCAACAAAAUUUGAAACAGCAUAUGAAUGUUCAUUCCGGUGCUAAAAAACAUGUCUGUAAAUUUUGUAAUAAAGCAUUCUCCCAAAAGGGAAAUCUAACCUGUCAUCUAAACAUUCACACUGGCAAUAAACCGCACAAAUGUGACCAAUGUGAUGAGGCAUUCGGAGAUCCAACUGCUCUUAAAAUGCAUAAAAUCAAACAUUCGGAUGAGCCAAAGUUCCAGUGUGAUGUGUGUCAGGCUACCCUCAAAUACAGACAUUCCCUACAAACUCACAUGCGCAGUCAUCGAAAUGAACGCAGACAUGCCUGCACUUACUGUGAAAUGGCUUUUGUGACCAGUUCAUCUUUGAAAAAACACAUUCGAACACAUACAGGCGAUCGUCCUUACAAGUGCACUGAUUGUCCAAAAACAUUCAUCUGUGCAGGACAUUUACAUGCUCAUAAAAAAACACAUUCUUCGACUGUGGCAAAAAAUACUGAAAACAGGAACAAAGCAACUAAUCGACCAACCCUACCACGAUGUUCGCGUAAAACAAAGAAGGGACAUAAAACACAGAAUACGUGACAAGGACUGAAGGAAGCGCUCGUUGCUGACUGAAAUAGAUUAAAAUGCUAUUGGCCGCUAUUCACACAUGUUCAUGUAAUCUUACUACAUCA